UAUAAGUAGGAAUAGUUGAAGACGUUUCCGUGUGAAAGAAGAGAAUACAGACAGAGCCUUCACAAACCUCCACACAUCAAAUACCGUAGUAAAGCAUCAUGGGUGGGCAGGUGUCCAUUGACGAGACUGUUCAUGUGGUGAUUGUCGGUGGUGGUUUUGGUGGCAUUGCCGCUGCUCAACACCUUAAGAGUCAUGGGGUGCCCUUCAUGCUUAUUGACAUCCUUGAUGCGUUUCAUCACAACGUUGCAGCGCUGCGUGCCUCAGUUCAACCUGGUUUUGCGAAGCAGACUUUCAUACCAUACAAAGAGACAUUUGGAGUGAAUUUCCUCCAAGGCCGCGUCAAACGUAUAGACACCGAAACGCAGAUAGUUGUGCUUGACAAUGGAAAGGAAGUACGGUAUUCACACCUCAUUCUAUGCACUGGAACCAGCGGAGAUUUCCCAGGCAAACAUAAUUCGGUGGACUCCUACCAAUCAGCCAUUCAGAAGUAUGAGGACUUUGUCAAAUUGAUCCAGUCAGCAAACUCAGUUGUUGUAGUUGGUGGCGGAACCACCGGUGUUGAAAUGGCAGCUGAGAUCAGGACAGAAUUUCCUGACAAGAAAGUGAUUCUGAUUCACUCUCGUGAGGAGGUGGCUGAUCCUGAACUAUUGCCUAGUGUGAAAAAACAGGCCAAGCAGGUGCUGCUGGAAAAAGGGGUGGAGCUGUUGCUAGGGCAAAAAGUUUCGAACCUUGAUGAGCUGGAAUUGAAUGUAUGUCGGAGAGGCAUGGUGGUCAAGACCAAUAAGAACGAGCAGGUCACCGCCGAUCUUGUCAUCUGCUGCACAGGAAGUAAGAUCAACUCUGAAGCAUACAGGUCCAGUCUGACCGCAUCUCUGACAGAGGCUGGUGCUCUGAAGGUGAACAAGCACUUGCAAGUAGAAGGCUUUAACAACGUAUAUGGUGUGGGUGACUGUGCCAAUGUCAAUGAACCCAAGUUGGCGUAUCAUGCUGGACUUCAUGCUGGAGUAGCUGCCACCAAUAUCAUCAACAGUCUGUCAGGAAAACCUCUAACCUCAUACCACACAGGAAAUGUAACUAUGCUGAUAGCUAUGGGUAAGGAUGAUGGAGUGGGCCAGUUUAAUGGCUAUAAACUACCUCGCUUUCUGGUCACUAAGGGUAAGAGCCAAGGUUUGCUGCUGUGGAAGAGCUGGAGGGAAAUGGGGCAAAAAGCUCCUAAUUAACACCAGUGUACACUAAUGUGUGUCAACAUGCUUCCAUUUAUCACUGUUAAAAAUAAACUACAUCAGCAGAAGGAUCCUUUAUAUUGUAAUAAUAACUAACUUAAUAUAUACUUAUACUUGUAUAGCAUCAUAUAGUGUUUGUAAUACUUUUAAGAACAAUCAAAAUCAUUGUUUUAUACAUUUAUACAUUUGUUAAAGAAAUAAAUCCAUUACAUUCACAAUUCAGUUUGCCAUUGUCUCUCUUCAAUGACAGCAGUUAUCAUCCUGCAUUUAGCAUGAGUCUGAUGAACUGCUCCACUAGAGGGCAAUGAAACGAUAUGAAUCAAAUCAUUGUAUCCUGGUCAACACAACAAGAUGCUGAGUCACUGAAUAGAUUUUUUUUCUUUGGUAUUCUUUCAUUUAAAGCUCAUUUCAAAAACAGUCCAAAUCUGCAAAACCCGGUUUUCUUUAAAUAAUUUAUGCGCAGCACAGUUAAUGCCUUUGCUAAGGUGGUUCGAGUGAUUCACACAGUGAAGUAAACCAAAUUAGCCAAAAACAUUUUAAAGAAAUUGUUAAACUUGUCAACUCAGGGUUGUGAAAGUACAGCUAGCAGCACCUAAAUGAAUUACUUUCUGUUUGAUUCAACGACUCUCUACAUCAUUGUCACAUGACCUCACCAUGUCAUCAUGUGUUUGCAUGGUGACUGGGAAGGCUGCUGGCAUUUGGUGUUCAUGAAACUCUUGAAUUAUAAUCCUGAACCCAAGGUAUUGUGUUUUUUAUGUCAGGUUACACAUCUUUGCACGUUGGCCUUGGAUACAAGUGGUCUUUAAAUGGCAAUACUGCCAUAAAUUUCAACUUUGUGAAGUCGCGACCCGCAGUUUGUGUUGAGUCUGGGUCACACAGGCACUGAUUCAAUUCUGUUGUUUAGAGGCUGUAGUUUUGUGGCAUUCAGCCACUAUCCUGUGGGGUGUUGCCCUACUCAUCAACUUUUAGCCACUGUUCAUCUUUGUUAAUGCAGUUUAUGUUUGUCAUCGGUUGUCCAUAUUCAGUUUUUCGCCUGUAGUCCAGGCACCAACAUUACACAGUAAUGAUGUUUUAAAUUGUUUUAGCAUGUUGGUUUUUUUUUUUUUUUUUAAAUUCAUUCCAAACCCAAAAGACUUGCGUACGUCUUCGAAACAGAUAUUUUUGUCCCCCACUGAAAGUCCAUUCACCCAAAACUUAAAGUUCAUAAAUACUUUGUGAAAGCAAUUCAUUAGAAUCGAGCAGUAUAAUCCAAGUCUUUUGGAGAGACACAAUCACUUUAUACUAUUAACAGAUUUUAAAGGCUUUUAAUAACUUGAAAACCUUGAUGUUUCCAUCUUUUAUCUUUUGUUUAGACAAAAAGUAUUAGUACUAUGAAGUGCUAUGGUUUUAAAGUUGUAUUGGUGGUUAUUUUCUUUGAGGCUUUUUAUGAGAGUUAUGAUAUCAUUCAAUUGAUGGUGCCUUCAAUGUAUCUGCACUAAGCUACACUGUAUAAAUGAAUCAUUAAAAUAAAGACUUAAUUGUUAAAUUGA